GAUUGUCCGGCUACUGGUGGAGAAUCGCGCCAGUCCAGAGUCGGAGGCUACCGUGGAUGCCAAACUGCAUUAUUACCCCAUCCAUGACGCCGUCUGGUUCAACCAGAUCAAGUCCGUCAAGAUGCUCCUCCAGAAGAAGGCAAAGGUUCAUGCAGAGAACAAUGACAAGAACACCGCACUUCAUUUGGCUGCAAUGCUCGGCCACGAUGAUAUGGUGGAGUUCUUGCUGUAUGAACGGACCACCUUCCUGAAAAUGAAGGACGGUACCUCAAAGAAGGAUGGGGCAAAGCGAGAAAACAAGCUCCUGGUCACCAGCACCAACAAAGAGGGGAAGGAUGCCCUGCAGCUGGCAGUGGAGAAGGGGCAGUUCUCAGCCUUCCGGCUGAACCUCUUCACCAAUGCUCAGCUCUUGGACAUCGAGUCCGGAGACCGCGCGGAAGCCUUUCUCCAGGUUGCACGCAACUGCCCCGAUGCUGCAACAGCGCUGCUUCGCUCAGAGUACCCGGACUCCAAGCACGCCAGGAACUUCGCAGAUGGGAUCCAGCUGGAUGUAGGGAAUCUUGCGCCAGAACUUGAAGUGUUCGAUGCCGAGAAAUAUGCCACCUUCCUGCGGGUCAAGAAGCUGUGCGAGCUCAUUGAGGUCGCGCCACAGUCGGCUGUCGACCUGUUGGACAUGCUUACCGCCAAGCCGAAGGAGGGUAACAAAUUCCACAGGCCGCUGCCAGUUCGCGCGAACAUUCCAGUGGAUCAAGAAGCCUGCCGACUCUCUUGUGUGUACAUCACCGAGAUGGAGUGGACUUGGAAUGCAUCCGAAACAAGACCUCCGGCAUGGCAGGAUCAACUCGCGCCUCCGGAUCCCAAGAAAAGUCAGGAGGUCAUGGUGAAAGUGCUCCUGCUGCCAGGUGUCCUGAACUGUGAGAUGGUCCACUGUUUGGCCGCCACAAAAGAUCAGCGCAUCUUCACCAAACUGGUGAUCCAUGCGCUCCUCAAGCACCUGUGGCAGGCCUUCAGGCCGAUGUUUCUCAUCGAUCUUGGCCACCAGAUCCUCGCGAACGCGGUGAUCUGUUGGUGGAUUUGGGGAUCUGGUCAGGUCGAGUCCCCUAAGAUUCUGAGAUGCGCGCUGUGGGGUCUCUUGGCCUCGGAAGGUGUAUCGGAGUGCUUCACCUUCGUUUGGACGCUUGCGCACGGCUACAAGCGACUUAGUUUGACUCUUCUCCUCCGCUGGGUGAAGCGC